CUUCCCCCCUUACUUACGAUUUACGAAACAAACAAAAAAUAAACCACUUUUGUCUUUCCCAUCACAAAAAAGUGUCCACCCCACUAAUAUUCUUUGUUUUUCCCACUCACCACCAAAUGUCCACCACUACAACCGCAACUCCACCACAGCACCACCACACUUUCUGGUGUCACGAGUGCGACAUGAGCGUCUUCCUCCUCCACCUACCCUCUACUGAUCCUCCUCGUUGUCCUCACUGCCAUUCCGAUUUCCUCGAGCAAAUGGACUCUUUUACCCCUACCCUUCUUCCUCAAUUCCCAAAUCAACCUGAUUCUAACCCUAACCUUGAAGACCUCAUAUCCACGGACCUCAACACCGCGACCAAUUUCACUCCCUCCGACGAUAACUUCCUCCUUGACAGUCCUUAUCUCCACCGUCUAAUCCACCAUCUCACCACCGCUAACGACGCUCCCAUUCCCAAUCGUCAGCACAGCCCGGCUUCUAAAGCUGCCAUGGAGGCACUUGAGGGAAUAAAAAUUAGCUCAUUGAUGCUUGAGAAUGAUCCGGUUAUUCCUUGUCCGGUCUGCAAGGACAACUUUUUACUGGACAUGGAAGUGAAAAUGUUGCCUUGCAAACACAUGUAUCAUUCGGAUUGUAUUUUGCCGUGGUUAGAAGUGAAUAAUUCGUGUCCAGUUUGUAGGUUUAAGUUGCCGACUGAGGAGGAGGAUGAUGAGGAAUGCAUUAGACGACGCGAGAGGUUUCUUGGGGCAAUGAGGCUUGGAGAGAUAUUGGCCGAGGAAGAGGAUUUGUUUGGGUUUAGGCGUACGCUUAGGCGUGUUGCCAGGAGGCAUCAGCUGGACGGGGGAGAGAGUACAAUUGGCCAGGCAGGUCAAGGAGUUGGGGUUGUGGCUAGGGCGAAUAGCGUGGAGACUGUGUCGAGUUGGCCGAGUUGGCCAGUGGAAAAUGGGAGUGAUGGUGAUGAAGUAGGUGGGAGUGAUAAUAGACUUGGUGGUGGUCAAGGGGAUACUACUGUCGUCAGGUCUUGAAACUGGCCUUUGUUUCAUUUAAGCAAUGUUCAGGUACUGUAUAAUUGUUACUAAUUAGGAACAUCCGAGAGAAUAAUUUCGACAUAUAUCUGGAGAAUUGUAAAUCUGUGAUGGAUAACCAUGCUUGAGCUCAAUAAUCAAAAUAGAUAGUGUCAAAACCCUCAUUUUGUUAUAGCACUAUUAUGUGUUGCUUGUCAAAUUUGUACUUUGUUGUGAUACAUCUACAAGCAUUAAUAACAUUCACAAAUUUUGGUUGAACUA